AUGGAUCAGGAAAAUGUCAAUGGUUCAAUUCAUCCAUAUAGAAAUAUAUGGAUUGAUAUUUACAAACAUCCAGAAAUUGUUACAUAUUUUAAUCAAAAUACUGAAAACUCUUCAAUUCGAUUAAUUCCAACUAUUCAACUAAGUAUCAAUGGAAAUUCUUCGGAUGAAAAAAAUCACUUAUUUAUCGAUAAAUUUAAAUCAAUUUUUUCUACGACUUAUUUUACUCGUUUAAAUAUUAAUUGCAAGAAUAUUUCUAUUGAACAAUUUGUUAAAAUCAUACAUUUAUUAUCAAAUCUUGAUUCAUUAAAAAUAUCAUAUGUACCAAUUAUUCAAUUGGAUUGGUUAUUUGAUAAUGAUAGAGAAACUUGUUUUACAACUUCAAUUAAAAAUAAAAUUACAAAAGUCAAUCUUAUAAAGAUGAUCGAUAUUGAACAAAUGCAUUUACUUCUCUACCUCUAUCGUCCUAUACAAUAUUUUCAAAUAGAUCUUCCGAAGAAUAUGAAUCUUCAAAUGAUCGUACGAUUUAUUAUAAUAAAAUCCAGUAUAUAUACACCUUAUUUCAAUUGUUUAUGUCUAUCUAUUCCGAAUUUCAAUGAAGACUCGAUUGAACAAUUAGAAAAAUUGAUCGAAUCGGAAAAAUUACUAUUUAACUAUCGUAUCAAAUGUAUAUGUGGUAAUGUUCUUUUGAAAUGGAAUCGAUUUUGA